UCUCUCUCAUGCACAUGAUUGAAAUUGAAAUGCCUUCUAUAUAAACACUUGUUCAUAAACACUUAAAAUCACUCAGUGUCAAAUAUUUAAAUUUAAAAAAGAGACACUAGCUCGAUCAAUUUGACGCAAAGUGGUGUAGCUAUGACGACGGCAGCAUCCAUCACUGGAGUGAAGGUUGAGUUUCUUGAAUUUCCGCCGGUGGUCACAUCUCCGGCAACCGCCAAGUCCUAUUUCCUCGGUGGCGCAGGAGUGAGAGGGUUACAUAUUGAUGGAGAGUUUGUGAAGUUCACGGGAUUGGGAGUUUAUUUGGAAGACAAAGCAGUGUUAUCACUAGCUGCUAACUGGAAAGACAAAACUCCAGCUCAGCUUUUGGAAUCUCUUGAUUUCUAUAGAGAUAUUGUCAAAGGUCCCUUUGAGAAAUUUAUUCGAGGGACAAAGGUGAGAAAAUUGGAAGGUCCUGAAUAUGUAAGAAAGGUAUCAGAAAAUUGUAUUGCUCAUAUGAAAGCUCAAGGGACAUAUGGUGAUGCUGAAGAAAAAGCCAUUCAAGAAUUUAGAGAAGCUUACAAGGAUCAAACUUUUCCACCAGGCGCUACUGUUUUCUACAGACAAUCACCAAAUGGAACAUUAGGGCUUAGUUUCUCGAAAGAUGAGACAAUACCCGAACAUGAGUAUGCGGUUUUUAACAACAAGCCACUUUCAGAGGCAGUUUUGGAGACCAUGAUUGGCGAAAUUCCUGUUUCACCUGCUUUGAAAGAGAGUUUGGCUACAAGACUUUAUGAGUUUAUGAAGAAUGACAAUUUCACCAUUGGAAAUUGAAAAUUGAAAGGAGUUGUUUAUGAUCUUUAAGGCAAGGUGAUCUUGGAUGCAAGAUAUAAUAAACAAUUCAUCCAAGCAACAUCUAUAGAUCAUAGGUUUAAAUUUAAUCCCACUUUCUUUUUUAAUUUAAUGUCGCUUACUUUUUAAACUUGGUCUGUUUGUCCAUCAUUUAUGAAAUAAAAAAGUCUAGAUUCAACAAAAAA